AGACAAAUAUUAACACAGCGAAAAAGGCUGAAGGCUCACUCAUUUCUUACAUUUCAUAUGCUGUGUACCAUGAGAUUUUUAAAGGGAUUCAUCAUUGGAAUUAAGGUCCGUGCAACCGGCAAGGAGAUUUUUACAGGUCAAGGCAUAUUUCACCUACCUGCAUGGCUUCUACUUAUUUUCUCUCUCUGGACCCCUUCUGAUGGGGGGAAAGUAUUGGUAAUACCCAUGGAUGGCAGCCACUGGCUCAGCAUUCAUCCAGUUCUGGAACACCUUCAGCAGAGAGGACACCAAAUAGUUGUUAUUGCUCCUGAUGCAAACUUGUGGAUGAAACCAUCUGAUCACUACACAAUGAAGACAUUUGCUGUACCCUACACAACGGAAUAUUUGAAAGCAGAAUUCCAGAAGCUUGGCCACAAGAUUUUUGCACAGCAGUCUUUCCUAUCCAAAAUGACCGAGACAUUUGCAAGAAUAAGAAAUAUCACAACACUUUUCUUCAGUAACUGCAAGCAACUUUUGAAUAACCAGGAGAUGAUUACUUACAUCAAAGAAAACAGAUUUGAUGUUGUAUUUAUGGACCCAGUCUCUCCCUGUGGACAGAUCUUGGCUGAGUAUUUAUCCCUUCCUUCUAUUUACUACUUACGUGGAAUACCAUGUGGUUUAGAUUUUGUGGCAACUCAGUGUCCAAACCCACAUUCUUAUGUCCCAAAGUUCUUCACAGCCCAUACGGAUCACAUGACAUUUAAUCAGAGAGUCAAGAAUUUUUUGGUUGGCUCAUUUGAAUUCAUAAUAUGCUAUCUUCUUUAUUCACCAUACGAACUCCUGAGCAAGGAAUUCCUGCACCGAGACAUGACCGUUCCAGAGCUUUAUAGUCAAGCAUCUGUUUGGCUUCUGCGCUAUGACUUUGUAUUUGAAUAUCCAAGGCCUGUCAUGCCCAAUAUGGUCUUCAUAGGUGGAAUAAACUGUGGAAAAAAGAGUCCGCUUGCACAGGAAUUUGAAGCCAUAGUGAACAACUCUGGUGAACAUGGCAUUGUAGUGUUUUCCUUGGGUUCAAUGGUCUCUGAAAUUCCAAUGAAAAAGGCCAUGGAGAUUGCUGAAGGACUGGGAACAAUACCUCAGACGGUGCUGUGGAGGUAUACAGGAGAAGUCCCGCCGAAUCUUGCCAAAAACACAAAGCUUGUUAAGUGGCUUCCACAGAAUGACCUGCUUGCUCAUCCAAAAGCCAGAGCUUUUAUAACCCAUGCCGGCUCUCAUGGGAUAUACGAGGGGAUCUGCAAUGCAGUACCAAUGGUGUUGAUGCCACUGUUUGGAGAUCAAAUGGAUAAUGCAAAACGGGUGGAAUCUCGAGGUGCUGGAGUGAUCCUGAAUAUAAUUGAAAUGACUGCGAAGGACAUAUCCAAUGCCCUCCAGGCUGUCAUUUAUGAUAAAAAAUAUAAAGAGAACAUCCAGCGUCUCUCGGAACUUCACCUGGACAGGCCCAUCCAUCCUCUUGAUCUUGCGGUGCAUUGGGUCGAGUUCGUUAUGAAGCACAAGGGAGCGGCCCAUUUGCGGCCAGCAGCCCAUGACCUGAACUGGGUCCAGUACCACUCUAUUGAUGUCAUUGCCUUCCUCCUAGCCGUAGUGCUUCUUGCUCUCAUCAUCUCACUAAAGUGUUGUCUGUUCUGCUGCAGGAAAUGUUGUGGCAAAGGUGGAAGAGUGAGCAAGAAAAGCAAAUCAAAGUCUCAGUAGAAGAAGGGAUAGUGUACAGAAGAAAGAGGAGUGUGAGCAAAAGGGCCUUGGUUUUGUAGAUCAUGAGGCAUCCUGCAACUGUCUUUGGAUAUCUGGGAGCAGUUUGUGGGUGUACUUUACUAAAACAAACAAACAGAAAAUAAAGACUUGCACAAGUCACUUCCAUACCUACAUACCCGUGUAACCAAUUUGGUCAAUAGAAAGCAAAGGAUGUGUGAACUUCCAGGCAGAAUUCCUAGCUCAUCCGUUUCUCUCUUUACGAUUGAAGGGAGGGCGUCUAGACAGGCUCUGCUUUCGUCUGCAAACAAUUGUGACUGUGCAGAUUCCUGAACCUCUUAGAGCCCUCUUCACCUUUUCGUCUAGGGAUUUUGGCAAAGGAAGGACAAGGCUAUACAGGAUUAAAAGUGAUUUAAGGCACCCGAGCCUUCAUGGUUUACUGUCAUGGGUUUUGUAACAUAUUUGCACAGUUCAGUUGAGUGUGUCUGUAGGAAUGUGAGUUUCUGAUGCCAGCAAUGUGCAACUUGUCUCCAAGGUCAAGUGUUUUUUGUUUUUUUAAAAAAGAAUUUUAUUCAGAGAUGGCUCUCCUCUUUUCCAUUGCAGUGAUACAUUUCUUUGAUGAUUUCCAUUUAAUAAUUGCCUACCAGGAAAAUGUGAAAAGUUCAUUAAGAAAAAUUCUUGCACAAGAUGUUGGUGUAUUGUCAGUUACAAACAUUAACGGGAGAAGAAUUGCCAUCUAUUUUUUUUUCUUUGUCUUUUGGGAAGGAUCAUUCUUGUUGUAGCCCCUUUGGGUUUUUUUUCUCUUGCCAUGUGGGGAGUACUGUGACCAAUACCAGUGCUGGGAAUUGGUCAUAGUAUGGGCGCCUGUAAAGAACACUUUCCCAAAGCCCUCUAUGGUGGUUAGCUGAAUAUUGAUGUAAUAAUAACAAUCAUACUAUAAAGCAAUCCUAAGUAAGGGAUGUUAUAUCAUCUGGCAGACAAUUCACCAAACAAUUCAUCUUAGCUUGCUAAGCAUAGUUUAAGAGAUGAAAGGGUAGCUCUGUCCCAUCAUCCACCCCCCUGGGUUUUUUCUUUCUCAAAACCAAUGCAGGAAGGGGGGGAGCUAGGCCAGCCUUGGGGUCCACUUUCACUUUAUGCUGUGGACAUGAAAGGAUUUCUGAGCUGGCAGACCCAAAGUUAUCUUGCUUCCCUCCCCCCCAAUGUCCUCUUUUGACCCAUUUCCACUAGUGGAGACCCAAGAAUUUUUUGCAAAUAUGCUGGGUGUAUGGGAUGAAUACAUUAACCUGCUGACAGAACUCCUUUCCUGUGGACAGAGGGGCACUUCUGUCCCAUCCUAAUUCUCUCCCCCCCCCCAGUUGGUCUCUGGCAAUACCAAAUCUGUGUUGUUAAAUUCCUUACUGCAGUCCUAAGCAAAUUACUGUGCCAACUUUCAGGAUGGUUGUCUCAGCCCUCAAAAUGAGACUUCCCUUCUUCAAAUUAUAGGACCAUGUAGCUGAUCCUGUUCCAUUGGUGUGUAACUUCAGGCAAAACAAUUACAUGUUGUAGCUGAUCAUUGUAACUCUUCUAUAAAUAAAUAAAUCUCAAACAACAUA